GAAGAAGAAGACGCGUCAUCAACACUGGACCAACACUUGCGCAACCCAAAACGGAAGAAAACAAACCCAACGUGAAGUAGGAGCACAUUACAGCCACGACUGACCGGGGAAACUGGUUUAUAAAACUUGUUUAAUGAUACUCUGUGGCAGAGAGGGACUGUAGCUGUCGGUUCGCGGACCAGACACGGAACAGCUAACUAGUGACAACAACUAGCAACAAACUGCGAACUUCACUUAGCAACCAGAAGAAGAAGAGACCAGCAGUAACUUAGCUAGCUUAGAGCAAGUUGGCGCCUUUUGGUUGAAGAGCAUUAACUAACAGAUACUAAGUAACGAGAUGGCCUGCAGCACAGCCGACCUGCCGAGCAGUGUGGCACACAACUCUCCAGGGAACAGCUCCUGCUCUGAUGAUGACGAUGACGUACCUCUCUCGAAGCUCCGGACGAAGCCACGCAGUGAGGAGAAACAGUCGCGUGGAAACACACACGGAUCCAACACUAAUUCAGAAAAAGACAAAAGUGUUUCGGAUGACUCUUCAGAUGACGAGCCUUUGAUAAAAAAGAAAACAAUCCCUGCAACAGCUAAGAAACCAGAGAAAAAACACAACAAGACAACAAGAUCUAAUGGCACAAAUAACAAGAAAGCAGAUAUGAAUUCAGAUGACAGCUCUGACAAUGAGCCUCUCAUAAAAGUUCCCUCCAAAGCUGCAAAGAAGCCUCUCUCAGUGUCUCCAAAAAAAUCUGUUGAUUCAAAGAAGAAAGAAUCACUGGAAGACGGUGAUAGCUCGGAUGAUGUGCCUUUGAGUGAACUUGGCAAGAAACUUUACCCCAAACGUCAGAGAAAGGCCCCAGUAUUGAAAUCCAAAAGAAACGCAGCGAGGGAAAGGGUUAAAUAUGCAGAGUCUUCCAGUCCCAGCUCUGAUGAUGAACCACUGGCAACGAUGAAAAGGAAGUUGACAAAGGCUCCUAAAGAGCAAAAGACUUCCGCAAACAGCAAGAAAACAAAACCAAAACCUAAAGACGAAUCACUAAAAGACAGCAGCUCAGAUGAUGACGUGCCCUUGGCGAACCUAGAGAAGAAGAAACCAGUGAUUAAAAACACAAAGACAACUGCAUCGCCAGGCAGAGCUUCAAGAAAAAGACGAGGAGACUCCGAUGAAAGUUCAGAUGACGAACCGUUGAUUAAUCUUGUGAAAAAGAACCGCACAGACAAACAAACAAAAAACAAACCGAAGGCUUCGCCUCCAAAGAAGAAGAGGAACACAACUCCCAAAAAGCCAAGAAAGAUGCCCGUGCAAGAGUCGCCAAGCAACAGUUCAGACGACGAAUCCUUAAUUAAGGCAGCUAAACACCCACAAGUGACCAAAAUCCUGAACAUAAUACUAGAGAGGUGUGAUGGUGAAGAACAUGGGGACACAGGAAGCCCCAACAAAACCAGAACAGAGACGCAGAUCGAUGAAAGGACCUCGAGGGACGAGUCGGAGGCCUCUGAGGAAUCAUCAGAACAGGAAUAAGCAGCAGCAACGUUUUCUUGUUACCUUUCACCUGGACGAGGAAGUUCAAACCACCUAGUGGCUACAAGUUUGAAGGACUUCCUACAGUGUAAAUCCCUUGGAGAGGCACCUCCUAAAAAUCCCAGUUAGUGUUCAUGUAAAGUUCAACAGUGUGUUUUAUAUACAGUACAUACAUGUUAAUUUAAGGUGUUGAUAUUUUUACUCCCGUUUUUAAGUUUGGGACCAGAUUUUGUAGUUUCCUGAAAGAUUUUAUUCACAGUCUUUGAUGUUAUUUCACUAUUUGUGCCUAUUGUUUGCACUGGCUGUCUCCUCUGUUUUUUUUGGUUUUUUUAAAGAGUCAUAUAAUCAAUUGAUGUAGGUUUUAUUUCUGCUUUCAUAUUAACUGUACACUCCGCAUGCGGCAGUGAAAACCUGUUGUGUUGGAUUAAACUGCCUUCACUAUGAUGA